AUGUCGACUGCUGGCAACUCAACAACAAACCGCAACCCCUCUCGAGUCCUCCAACCUGGACAUCUUGAGACUAGUCUUGUGUACAUCCUGGAAACUGUCUUUGGCUACAGUGCUGGCAGUAUUCUUCAUCUUGCACUCGACUUGUAUGGUUGCAAAUGUUACCUUGACCUUGUUGGCAUGGAUGAUGCUGAUAUUGACGGACUGCAGUAUCCUGUCAGUCAGCCACAUGAUGCUAACGGUGACCCUCAACCUGAUGUACUUCGGGAUGUGCCGAAACCUCUUAAGGCAUAUCUCCAUGGGAUCCGUGGCUACGUCUACCAUCGCGAAACUGUGCUCAAGGAUCCAGUCACCCUGUCUAACUGUAUCCUCAUUGAUCCUGAUGAUUUUGAUACAUACAGGGCCUCCAGCGCAUUCAUCGCGUUCCGCAGCCGCACCAUCCCACAGCCUCUUGUCUCCAAGCCAUCUCGACGUUCACCAGCUGAGGAAUUUGAUCUGGGCAUUAAUCUAGAUGCUAAUCUUUAUCCAACUUUGUCCAAUAAUCGGCAAUGGGAUAGUCUUCAUGGCAAACGUCUCACAUCUGAAGAGGAACAUCCUCAAUACCCUAGCCUUGCUGAGCCUUUUGUCCCUGAUCUUGAAUCAGUUGACCUCGGGCCUGAAGGCAAAUAUGGUACCCUUGACAAGGAAAAUUCCCAGUACCAUUGUCUUGUUGAGCCGUUUGUUACUGAUCUUGCAUCAGUCGACCUUGAGCCUGAUCCUGUUGUUGACCUCAAGACCAAACGCGAACAUGGUACCCUUGAUCUCUCAUCAGUCGACCUUGAGCCUGAUCCCACUGUUGACCCUGAGACCAAAAGCCGACAUGGUACCCUUGACAACGAUCAUGUCCAGUAUCCUUGUCUUGUUGAGCCGGUUGCUACUGAUCUUGCAUCAAUUGACCUUGAGCCCGAUCCUCUUGCCUACCAAGCUUGUCUGGCAUCUUUGGCAACACUUCCUUGCAAGAAAUCUCUUUGCACUGCAAAGUUAGAAGCUGCUGGUUCCAACAAUCAGCCUCCUGCGCAACCACCUCCAUCCCCGCAACAUCCUGUCAACUUACAUGAGAUGUCGACUACUACCGAUUUUCUCUCACAGUUCCAGCACUCAAGCAUGGGGAGGAGUGAAGAUGCAGAUACUCUGACUUCUGUAACAAGUGAAGAGACCAAUUCAGACAAGUUGGCUCUGGUCCCAGCAACCAAGUAUCGUAAAGCUUCUCAAGAGGUCAAAAAUUACGAGAUAUCCAUAGAUGGAGUUGAUGUUGAUGAAUGGGCCAAGUCUGUACCGGAUGAUGGGUCUGCAGGUGAACGAAGUCCUUUUGAUAGAGUGGACAUCCUCACUAAGAGGAAUACAACAGUCACUACUCUGAAGGAUUCUCCUGCCUUAGAUGAUGCUAUUGGUUUCUUUGAGACUCAUCACUGUGUCAUGCCAACAAAUGGUCUGUACAAACUACAUCCUGGACAAGCUUCUGAUCUUGAUUGGUUGGAAUGUAACAUGGCUGGUCUAUUUGAUUUAGAUCCUGCCCAUGUGCCACAACUUAGACCACCAGAUUUUGAAGCUUACAAGUCAGGCAGGCAACCAUCCGUUCUGUUUGUUCCUGAAACGCCUAUCAACUUUGUCAUUAAGUCUACUCCACUGCGAGACAAACCCAUAAACUUGACUUACAAGUUGUCACCCUCUGCACCUCGACGCAGCCCACGCUGCAAAACACAUUCUGAGGAUGGAAGGUGGAACUCAAAGGACAAAUCUGCAGAACCAGGCCCACCGUCUCAUGAUCCAAAUGCUCAUGAUCCUGUCCUGACAAUGGAACCAAUGUAUAAGAACUUGAGCUCUGCAAUGAAAUCGCAUGAACGCAACUGGGAACGCCUGCGCACAUACUUUGAGUGGUUGCCCAAGCUAGAUAUCCAGAAAUUAUUUCUGUGGACUAUUGUCUAUCUAGCUAGAUCUCCUGUGGAGUCCCACCAUGAACACAAAUAUCAUCUCUUGGCGUCAUCCCUAGAGUCCAUUUGUUACAUGUUAGGCACAGUAGGCAACGUGGAACAUCCUGGAUGCCACAUGACCUACAAAUUUCUGUUUCUAGAAAGGAACAACUUUUUGUUUCCUUCAGAAAUCUGCUCUGCUCGAUCACCUACCAAGCUACACAAACGUCUUGAUCUACCUGAUGGGGAGGAACUCAUGCUCCCUACAAUAAUCACCUCAAUUGAUCUAUCUGAUGGGGAGGAGUUGGCACCCCCUACAAAAAUCAAAUCCAGUGACAAUCAGACCAUUAAGACCGUUGUUUAUUCUAGUGAGGAUGAAUUAGAUAUAGAAGACGUUCUGCUAGGAAAUUGGGACCUCAUUGGACAAACUUUCCUUCUCUCACCAGAUGAAAGUUAUGUUCGACGUGCCAAGAUUGUUGAGCUUAACUACAAGCACAACCGCAACAAG